CUUACCUGCAGCCACAAACAUGCAGAAGCCAUGCUGUUCCUGGCAUAGUGAAACGUCUGUGCUCCCUUCAUUUUUUUGCCAUGGGAAGUUUUCAGAAGGUUGGAGGGAUAUAAGGGGGAGUGUCACAGCCCACAUUCUCACGGUGCCUUGGCCAGGUCCUGGAUGCCAUACGUUCGGUGUCUGGCAAUUAUAUCUCCUUUCCCACCAAUAGAAAUGAGCGGAACACCGUCAAAAGACAGUUCUAUGUUGUGAGUGGAAUCCCCAAUGUGUUGGGUGCCAUAGAUUGCACCCACGUGGCAUUAAAUCCCCCCCCCCCCAUACAAGGAGCAUAUAUUUCGGAACCGGAAAAGUUACCAUUCCCUUAACAUCCAAGUGGUCUGUGACGUUAUCAUGAACAUCAUUAGCAUUGUGUCGGGAUUUCCAGGCUCCUCACAUAAUGCUUACAUCCUGAAGCAGUCCGGACUUUAUGCUGAUUUUCAAACCGGACAAAUGCCUCACGGGUGGCUUUUAGGAGAUGCUGGCUACCCUUGUUCUAGGUGGCUGAUGACCCCCAUUCCCAGGCCUCGUUCAAGGGCCGAAUGUGCUUUCAACGAAGCACAUGUCAGAGCGCGGUCUGUGCUUGAGGGAAUUUGUGUUCUUAAAAGCUGUUUCCGAUGCCUGGACAAGUCGGGAGGAAGUCUUAUGUACAGCCCCACUAAAGUUGCCCAGAUAGUAGUAGCCUGUGCUGUACUGCACAAUGUAGCUAACCGGCAUGGCUUACCUGUUUUUGUGGCUGAGGACCGGGAUGACCCAUUUCAUCCUAUACGUCCUGUCCAAAGUGCUGAUGACAGAGGCAAUCGAGUACGGAGAGAAAUCGUUAACAAUUACUUUGCCUCACAUGAAGAAAACAUGGACAUUUAUUUUUUUUUACGAAGCUGUCGAGUUGUAGUUGCAGAAGUGCUUGCUGAACUAUCUGCACUAUCUUUACUACUAUAGCGUGUUGGCAUUACACGACUGGUAUGUAGAACACUUAGCAAGUUUUUGUUCAUUUCCUGUUGUGAAUUACUCAUGUUCUCUAAAAUGGCAUAUUGUUUUUCCAACAAAGCAAUUUUUUUUCCCUGUACCUUUAAGUGCUGCUCAUGCAGAUUAAACAUAGCUGCCUUGUAUGACGCUUGUCGUGCCUGACUGUCAUUGUAGGCUGUUGUGGCAACACACAAAUCUAGGUGUACAACGUGCAUUUUUUUCAUUAGAGACUUGUGAUACUAAAUAAGUGGAAAAAAUGUUUUCACCUUCCAUUAUUUGGGUGGGAAGAUGAGAUAUUGGGGUUUUGGCCUUAUGUUUAACAACUGGUUAUUGGGGACAUUCUGAGGGGUCAUAUUCAUCAUCUGAAAAUUUCACCAGACCCAGACUGUCUUGCAUCAUCAUCAGCACUAAACAUUCUUUUCCAUUUCAGGAGCCUGUCGGUGUUGCGAGUGGAGCUGACCUGAUAAGUGUCCAUCCAAGUGUCGUUUUCCACCUUUAUUUAAAAAAAUUUAUGUUAAUUUCAAGGUUUUGCAUUAUGUUUAUCAUUUCUUUUACAACAUUACAAAGUUGAUUUUGAAAAA